GGAGGAAGCAGGUGUCUCCCUUAGUGAUCGUUAUCUGGGGGGCCUGAGCUUGCUGAACCAUCGGGCAGCACCAGGACUCUCAUCAGCCUCAACCCCGGGCGUCUAGUUGUGGGAGGAGCAUCCAGACCCUACAAGCUGGGAUUGUGGUUUGGGGCUCAGGGUGGGGCCCAAGGAGAGGGAUGAAGUUGUCAAGGAGGUUGGGGUGCCUGGCCUCUUUCUUUUGGCUCCUUCUGAGCUCCCUCUCCCUGCCACAGGCCCUGGAGGAACAUCACAUCGGGACCUUCUUCUUAACAGCAGUCCGUGGUGCCGAUGGCUUCUUUGAGUUGACGGCCGUCAUCCUGCUGGAUGGGCAGCAGAUAGCAUCCUACAACAGCACGGAUCGGGAGGCAGUUCUCAAUUUGAACUGGCUGUACCAAGUGGUGGGCAGGAAGCUGGUCCAGGAGAAGAAGGGAGAGCUGGAGAGCCAUGAGAGGAAGUUCCGCUGGCUCCUGGAGAAAUGGUCCCGGAACCAGAACCACAGCAGGGGGAGCCAAACGGUUCAGGUGAUCAUGGGUUGUGAGCUGGACAGAGGCGUCCAGGUGGUCUCUCGCUUCAGGUUUGCCUACGAAGGACAGGAUGUAUUGUGGCUGGAUGAGCUGAAGGGGACCUGGGUUUCCACCAAGCUUGCCAAAAAGGAGUUUGGGAAUUUCUGGGAGGAGAGAGCCUACCAGUUUCAGAUAGCAGAACGUUACAGCAGAGAAGAAUGUGCGUUCCUGAUGAAGAUGGUUCUUCGCUUCUGGCACCUCAGAGUGCACACUCCCCCGGAGGUGACUGUAACCCGCCACGAUGCAAGGGAUGGCAAGGUCAUUUUCAGCUGCCUGGCCACUGGCUUCUACCCCAGUUCCAUCCUGCUGCGCUGGGUGAAGGAUGGAGAGGUGGGGUUGUGGGGGGACGAGAGCUCCAGUGGAACCCUCCCCAAUGCCGACUCCUCCUUCUAUGUGCGCCAGACCCUGGAAAUAUGGGGAGAGGCUGGAGAUGCCAGCUACGCCUGUGUGGUAGAGCACAGCACCCUGGAAGUGCCCAUCUUCUACCCAGCCCCCGAGAAGCCUUCAUGGCUGAUGCCACGGGACCAGGCCCUGGGUUUAGUGGCAGCUGCUGUGCUGGUGCUGAGCCCGGCUGUGGGCAUCAUCAUAUGGAAGAAGAAGAAAACAGAUGCAGGGGAUCAGAUCGCUGCUUCUGAGCAGGAAAUGACAUCCCCGGAUUGUCCUGAAGUGCGUCCUCCAGAGCCGACCAAUUCCAGUGUCUCCCUCUCCCCGGAUCCUGGCUCAGGAACAGGGGUGUCCUCUGCCUCCUAGACUGGGAGCACCUUUUGGGCUGCGCCUGGAUCUUCACUGAUUUUGCUGUCCAAAUCUACCACAGUGCUUUGCCUAUUGUAAAUGCUGAAUAAAUGACACUGACAAAAACUUGAA